AUGAAGGUUAUUGAAGUAAUCAUCGAUGGCUUCAAAUCCUACGCCGUACGCACCGUCAUCUCGGGGUGGGACAGCACCUUCAACUCGAUCACGGGUCUCAACGGAUCCGGCAAAUCCAACAUCCUCGACUCAAUAUGUUUCGUCCUCGGCAUCACCAACAUGUCGACCGUGCGCGCCCAGAACCUGCAAGAUCUGAUCUACAAGCGCGGCCAAGCGGGCGUUACCAAAGCCUCCGUAACCAUCGUCUUCGACAACCGCGACAAGACCAACAGCCCCAUCGGCUUCGAGGAGUACGCCCAGAUCAGCGUGACGCGACAGAUCGUGCUGGGUGGGACGAGCAAAUACCUUAUCAAUGGACACCGUGCGCAGCAGGCGACGGUGCAGAAUCUGUUUCAGUCUGUUGGGUUGAAUAUCAACAACCCCAACUUCUUGAUCAUGCAGGGAAGGAUCACCAAGGUGUUGAAUAUGAAGAGCGUGGAGAUUUUGGCAAUGAUUGAGGAGGCGGCAGGGACGAGGAUGUUUGAGGAUCGAAAGGAGAAGGCAAAUAAAACGAUGGCGAAGAAGGAGAUGAAGGUCCUCGAGAUUGAGGGUUUGUUGAGGGAGGAGAUUGAGCCGAAACUGGAGAAGUUAAGGGGGGAGAAGAGGGCUUGGUUGGAUUAUCAGAAGACACAAGGGGAGCUGGAGAGGCUGACCAGGGUUGUGGUUGCGGCGGAUUAUGUGAGGGCGGGAGAGAAAUUGAGGUUGGCUGGACAAGAGUUGGAGAUGAAGAAAGGGAAGGUGCAAGAAUUGGAGGAUAAUGCUGAGAGACUGAGGAGGGAGAUUGGGAACUUGGAGGAGGAUGUACAGCGGGUGAAAGCUGUGCGGGAGAAGGAGCUGAAGAAAGGCGGCAGGUUUCAGGCUCUCGAGGCGGAGGUCAAGGAGCACAGCCAUGAGCUUGUCAGGUUGAGCACGGUUCUGGAUCUUAAGAAUACAAGCAUGGCAGAAGAAGAUCAAAGGCGGAAAGAGAUCAUCAAGGCUGGAAAAGACCUUGAGAAGCUGCUCAAAGAGAAGAAAACUACCUACGAUAAGAUGCAAGCACAAUAUGAUGAGGCCAAGGCUCAAUUGGACAUUCAAAACGCAGAAGUGGAGCAGAAAGAAGAGCUGCUCUCGACCCUGCAGACUGGUGUUGCAUCCAGAGAAGGCCAAGAGAGUGGGUAUCAAGGACAGCUCCAAGAUGCCCGAAAUCGAGCCAGUGCAGCGAGCACCGAACAGGAGCAGGUCAAGCUAAAGAUAUCGCAUCUCGAGAAACGAGUCAAGGAAGACGAGCCGAAAGCGAAAAAGGCCAAGGAGCAGAAUUCGGGCCUGUUGAGCGAUCUUGAAGGACUACGCAAACAGGCGCAGAAGCUUGAAGCAGAUUUGACCAAGCUCGGUGUGGACCCCGGCAGGGAAGAGGAGAUGCACCAGCAAGAGUCCACUCUGCAGAAGAGCAUAAGAACCAUGCGAGAACAGGCUGAUGCUCUCAAGAGAAAGGUGGCCAAUGUCGACUUCAGCUUCAGCGACCCUACCCCGAACUUUGACAGGUCGAAGGUGAAAGGUCUUGUCGCCCAGCUCUUCACAUUGGAUCAGGGUAAAGCUCAAGCUGGAACAGCUCUCGAAGUGUGCGCUGGUGGACGGCUGUACAAUGUCGUGGUUGACAGCGCUGAGACUGGUACUCAACUUCUGCAGAACGGCAAGCUGAAGAAACGAGUAACCAUUAUUCCGCUGAAUAAGAUAUCGGCCUUCAGAGCUUCGGCUGAGAAGAUUGGCGCUGCUCAGAAGAUCGCUCCCGGGAAGGUCGACAUUGCCCUGUCUUUAAUUGGCUAUGAUCGAGAAGUAUCUGCUGCCAUGGACUACGUCUUCGGCUCGACCCUCAUUUGUCAGGAUGCGGAGACAGCAAAGAGAGUGACAUUCGACCCAGCUGUACGUAUGAAAAGCGUGACGCUGGAAGGCGAUGUCUAUGAUCCAUCUGGGACACUUUCCGGAGGAAGCUCUCCUAAUACGAGCGGCGUUUUGGUCACGCUUGGAAAAUUGAAUGAAAUAACGAAGCAGCUGCAGAGGCAAGAAACCGAGCUCAACGAACUGCAUGAAAUCAUGAGAGGUGAGAAGAAGAAACUCGACGCAAUGAGAGAUAUCAAACAUCAACUAGACCUGAAGACGCAUGAAGUCACAUUGACAGAAGAACAAAUCAACGGCAACUCUUCGUCGUCCAUCAUCCAGGCAGUCGAAGAAAUGAAGGCAAACAUUAUCCAGCUCAAGCAAGCAAUGGUGGAUGCGAAGUCCCGACAGACCGAAGCAGUAAAAGAUGCUAAGCGCAUUGAAAAAGACAUGUCCGAAUUCAGCAACAACAGAGACAGCAAGCUUAAAGAAUUGGAGAAAACACUAGAUGCUUUGAAGAAGGGCUUGAACAAGAACUCUAUAGCAGUCAAGACUCUUCAGAAGGAGCUCCAGAAUGCCCGCGUUGAGUCAGAGCAAGCAGUAAGCGACCUCACAGCUGCGGAGGAGCAGCUCGCAGAAGCCGAGGCGACCACUAAAAGCCAGAAGGAAGAAGUCGACUCUUUAAUGCAGGAGCAAGCCAAAACCAAAGACGCCCACAACCUUGCCCUGGCCGAGCUCGCGGACGAACAAGCUAAAUUGACGGGCUUUGACGACGAGCUCCGCGAGCUGGAAACCGCCAGAUCCAAGAAAUCCAAACAGAUGACUGAGGAAUCCCUUGAGACUCAGAAGCUGACGCACGCCGUUGAAAAAGCUGGCAAAGACUCCACCGCAGCACAACAACUCGUCACCGCCCUUGAGAAAGAACACGAUUGGAUCCCAGACCACAAAUCUCAAUUUGGCAAGUCAGGCACGGCUUAUGACUUCCAAGGCAAGAACCUUUCUGAGUCUCGCGCCGCUCUCAAGACAGUAACAGAGCGCUUCCAGGGUAUGAAGAAGAAGAUCAACCCCAAAGUCAUGCCGAUGAUCGACAGUGUUGAGAAGAAGGAGGCAAGCCUGAAGAACAUGAUGAGGACGGUGGUGAGGGAUAAGAAGAAGAUCGAGGAAACUAUUGCAACGCUGGAUGAAUACAAGAAAGAGGCGUUGCUGAAAACGUGGAAAAAGGUGACGGUGGAUUUUGGAAAUAUCUUUGCCGAUUUGCUUCCUGGUAACAAUACGGCGAAGUUGGUACCGAUCGAUGGAGAUGAGAACAGAAUUCAAGAAGGCCUGGAAGUCAAGGUUUGUCUGGGGAAGGUGUGGAAGCAGAGUCUGACGGAGUUGAGUGGUGGUCAAAGGUGCGACAUCCCAUCAUCUGCUCCUGUUUUCGAAUGCCGUGCCUAUGCUAACUGGCUACUCAGAUCCCUUAUUGCCCUCUCGCUCAUCCUAGCACUGCUCCAGUUCAAGCCCGCGCCCAUGUAUAUUCUUGACGAGGUUGAUGCGGCGUUAGAUCUCUCUCACACGCAGAAUAUUGGCCGGCUCAUCAAGACCCGGUUCAAGGGGUCACAAUUCAUUGUUGUGAGUUUAAAGGACGGCAUGUUUCAGAAUGCAAAUCGGGUAUUCCGGACUCGCUUCAGCGAGGGCACCAGCGUGGUUUCUGUCAUGACACCGGGUGAGCUGAAAUAA